UCGAUCUGGUGGUAUUUCCCCCACUUAUCUUCUUAUCUUAACUACUAUAUAUUUAGAUUUCACUGACUUUGCGUUGAUAUUGGUUGAUAUCUUUUGAACAAUUUAGCAGACUUCAGUUUAUUAUUUUUCCACGGAAAGAACGUAUUUUUGGCAAAGAGCCACGUCGAUUCGGGUAAAAGAAAGAUUUCUCGUUUUGUGCUAAACGAAUCUCAUGGCACAUUAUAAACCGCCACGUACACAAAGGAAGAUGUGAGCAAUGUAGACGAUCGUGUAUUACGUCAGUUUAUAAAUCACAAGUAUUUAAAUACAUUUUGAUAUCAGAUUUCUUAUUUCAUAGAGAUCAUUUGAAAGUACUGACUUUCCUUUAAUACUUUUUAACCUUCAAGCGUGACACGGUAUGCUGAAAAUGUCAUUCGAGGGGAAAUAUAAUGUAAAAAGUCCAGCUGUCAAAAGAUUGAUGCGAGAAGCUCAAGAACUUCAUGAAGCGACGGAAGAGUAUUGCGCAUAUCCCUUAGAUGAUAAUCUUUUUGAAUGGCAUUUUACCAUACAAGGACCUCCUUCUACUGAUUUUGAAGGAGGCGUUUACCAUGGAAGAAUUUUAUUACCACCUGAAUAUCCUAUGAAACCUCCAAAUAUUAUUUUGUUAACACCAAAUGGUCGCUUUAAGAUUAAUAAAAAGAUUUGUCUAAGCAUUUCCGAUUAUCAUCCUGAAACUUGGCAGCCAUCAUGGAGUAUUAGAACAGCCUUGCUAGCAUUAAUUGCUUUUAUGCCUACACCUGGCAAUGGAACCAUUGGAUCUUUAGAUUACAGUAUUGAGGAAAGACAAAAGCUAGUUAAAAAAUCAUUGGAUUGGCAAUGUGAGAAUUGUGGAAAAGUGGUGAAUUUGUUAUCCAAAAAUACAGCAAAGAAACCUAUUACAGAAGAGGAACAAAAUAUGUUAGAUACAAUAGCUCUAAAAGUUGACGAUACACCCACACCUGAAACAAGUUUUGCAGAGAACACGGACAAUGUUAGUGGAAGUGAAUUGAGACGUCGUACGGAAACAACUUUCAGUGAAACGCAAGAAGCUCAAUCAUCUGUGCAUUUAAAUCCUCAAAUAGAAACAAUGUCCUCUUCGAAUGACCUAUUUUGGAGUAUUCUAAUAGCAAUUUUAGCAUCAGCGAUCGUUCUACUUGCUUUGCGACGAUUCUUUCUUAUGUAAAUUACUUUGCUAUAUAUAAAACACGCAUUACAAUUGUAAGUAUGUUAACAAAACAAAGGUAAAUUUUAUACACAUUUGAUGAAUAGCAUUUUUAAAUAUAGAAUGAAAAAUUUAUACACA